AUGGGUAGCCUGAAAAUUAUGCCAAUCUUCUGGAACAUAGUCCUGAUUGCUUGUGCAGUCUUUCCAUUGUCUACAGGAUUUCCUUCCAGGAGUCUUACCGAUUACUCAGCAGGGCCUGGAACAUCAGCUCCAAAAUCUCCACCAGUUUCAUGGUCUCCUGCAGCUUCACCGGUUCCUUCUUGGCAUAUACCAUCCACACCUUCAAAAUCUCCAUCUUCAUCUCCAUGGUCUCAACUUUAUCCUCCAGCUCCUUCUCCGGCUAUUACAAGGCCUGAACCAUCCACUCCUGAAGCUUCUCCGUCUUCAUGGUCUCAGCGACCAUCAGAAAUCAGUCCUAUUUCUUUUCCUCCUUCCUUGCCUCCAUUGCCAUAUCCUGAGCUCCCAUCUCCAUCACCAAUGCCAUCUUCUGUGACUCCGUAUCCAUGCGUUGAAACUGCAGCUCCAAUGCAAUCUUCCAUGCCUCCAUCAAUGCCUUAUCCUGAGCCUCCAUCUUUAUCUCCAAUGCCAUAUCUUGAGCCCCCAUAUCCAUCUGUUGAAACUCCACUGCCAGUGCCAGCUUCUAUGCCUCCAGUAAUGCCAUAUCCUGAGCCUCCAUCUUCAAUGCCUCCUUAUCCAUCUAGUGAAACUCCACCGCCAGUGCCAGCUUCUGUGCCUCCAGUUAUGCCAUAUCCUGAGCCUCCAUCUUCAAUGCCUCCUUAUCCAUCUGUCGAAACCCCACCGCCAGUGCCAGCCUCUAUGCCUCCAACAAUGCCACAUCCUGAGCCCCCAUAUCCAUCUGUUGAAACUCCGUCGCCGGUGCCAGCUUAUAUGCCUCCAACAAUGCCAUAUCCUGAGCCUCCGUCUUCUAUGCCUCCUUACCCAUCUGUUGAAACUCCACCGCCAGUGCCAGCUUCUAUGCCUCCAGUUAUGCCAUAUCCUGAGCCUCCAUCUUCAAUGCCUCCUUAUCCAUCUGUCGAAACCCCACCACCAGUGCCAACCUCUAUGCCUCCAGUAAUGCCAUAUCCUGAGCCUCCAUCUUCAAUGCCUCCUUAUCCAUCUGUCGAAACUCCACCGCCAGUGCCAGCUUCUAUGCCUCCAGUUAUGCAAUAUCCUGAGCCUCCAUCUUCAAUGCCUCCUUAUCCAUCGGUUGGAACUCCACCGCCAGUGCCAGCUUCUAUGCCUCCAGUUAUGCCAUAUCCUGAGCCUCCAUCUUCAAUGCCUCCUUAUCCAUCUGUCGGAACUCCACCGCCAGUGCCAGCUUCUAUGCCUCCAGUUAUGCCAUAUCCUGAGCCUCCAUCUUCAAUGCCUCCUUAUCCAUCUGUCGAAACCCCACCACCAGUGCCAACAUCUAUGCCUCCAGUAAUGCCAUAUCCUGAGCCUCCAUCUUCAAUGCCUCCUUAUCCAUCUGGUGAAACUCCACCACCAGUGCCAGCUUCUAUGCCUCCAACAAUGCCAUAUCCUGAACCUCCGUCUUCAAUGCCUCCUUAUCCAUCUGGUGAAACUCCACCACCAGUGCCAGCUUCUAUGCCUCCAGUUAUGCCAUAUCCUGAGCCUCCAUCUUCAAUGCCUCCUUAUCCAUCUGUCGAAACCCCACCGCCAGUGCCAACCUCCAUGCCUCCAGUAAUGCCAUAUCCUGAGCCUCCAUCUUCAAUGCCUCCUUAUCCAUCUGUUGGAACUCCACCGCCAGUGCCAGCUUCUAUGCCUCCAACAAUGCCAUAUCCUGAACCUCCAUCCAAAUCACCAAUACCAUCUCCAGUAUUGCCUCCCGACAAUGGCAUCAAAGGUGGAUACUGGCCCGUCUGGAUGGCUCGAGAGGUCCCUCCUUCGGCAAUUCCGAUGAUAUAUUUCACACAUUUAUUCUAUGCUUUCGCUUCUAUAAACUCCUCAACUUAUGAGCUCUCCAUCACUAACCGUGAGAGUCAUUGGAUGAAGAACUUCACAGCCACUCUCCACGCUCAAACCCCACCACUAAAAGCUUUCCUAUCUAUUGGAGGAGAUGGAGUAAGCGCUGAUACUUUCUCCAAAAUGGCCAAUAAAAGCGAAAACCGUGCAAUCUUCAUCCAAUCCACUGUUCAAUUAGCAAGAAAAUAUGGCUUUGAUGGCCUAGACCUCAGCUGGGUAUACCCAGCCACAACAGAAGACAUGUCAAACCUUGCACUUCUGGUCAAAGAAUGGCGAGAAUACGCUGAAAAUGAGUCGAAAGAAUCCGCAAAACCUCGCCUUCUCCUCUCCGCUGCAGUUUACUUUUCUCCGGAUUUCUUUUUAUCAGAUGUUCCUAGGAGCUACCCUUCAGUUUCCAUUAGAGACAAUCUUGAUUUUGUCAACACUUUGAACUUCGACUACCAUGGAAGCUGGAACACUUCUGCCACGGCGGAACAUGCUUUGUUAUAUGACAAUAAUAGCAGGAUUUGCACAAGUUAUGGAAUGGAUGCCUGGCCUGUGGCAGGAGUACUUCCUGAAAAGAUUGUGAUGGGGCUGCCAAUGUAUGGCAGAACCUGGAAACUGAAAAAUCCUGAAGAACAUGGAAUUGGAGCACCAGCAGUGGGAAUUGGCCCUGGAAAGAAUGGAGUUAUGCCAUACAAGGACAUUUUGGAGUUCAGUCACGGCAAUGGUGUCUCUACGGUGUAUGACAAUGCCACAGUUUCUCAAUAUACUUAUGAAGGAACAGAUUGGAUUGGUUAUGAUGGAGAUAGUUCAAUAUACGAGAAGAUUGCCUAUGCCAAGAGAAUGACGCUUCUUGGGUACUUUUUUUGGGUACUUGGGUAUGACAGCAGCAGUUGGUCACUCUCGCAGUCAGCAUCAGACGUAUGGGAUUACCUGUGA